AUUUUUCUCAAUCUCUCUCUGUUAUCUUUCUAAUAUGGUAUCAGAGCUUUAGCUCGAUCCAUCUAUGGCUAUUACCGAUGAUUCCUCUCAAACCUCCAACAGAAAUUCUGGAAAUUGCAGUUUUCCGGUCACCUUUGCGCAUCCUCUUCCGAUCAAGCUAGACAGAAACAAUUUUCUAAUCUGGAAACAUCAUGUUGAAUUUGUAGUUCGAGCGCACAAAUUACUUCGUUUCAUUGUGAAAGCUAAUAUUCCGAAGCAAUUCAACACUGGUGAUGACGAAGCAGCUGGCAAUGUCAAUGAAGCUUUUUCCAUAUGGGAGCAACAAGAUUAGAUGUUGUUCUCCUGGUUGCUUGCCUCGCUUUCUUAGUCACUUCACGCUCGAGUGAUUCAUUAUAGACAUUCGCAUCAACUUUGGAGCGAAAUCACCAGUUUCUUUCAAGCACAUAUCAUCGCGAAGGCCAGGCAACUCAAAUCUGAGUUGUGUAACACUUCUAAAGGUGAUCGCACAAUCUCAGAGUAUCUUCUGCGUAUUCAAACCAUAGCUGAUAAUCUUUUGUCGAUCGGAGAACCGAUUUCUGCUAGGGAUCAUAUUAAUGUCAUACUUGAAGGCUUACCUGAGGAGUAUGAGUCUCUAGCUUCUUCUAUCUCAGCACGGAGUAUAUUAGAUACUCCUACUCUGUCUGAAGUUGAAUCUCUUCUAGCUACGAAGGAAAUGAGAUUGAAGAAACUUCAUGAUUCAUCACAGUCUACAAUUUUCUCUGCAAAUGUUGCUCGUUUGCAAUCAUCUCCUUCAAAUAAUUUUGUUAAUGAAAUUCCUGAAUCUGAAUCUUCAGAAGGUCCUUCUGCUCAGGUUGCAGAAUUCAAUCCUCCUCCUAUCACUGAUUCCUAUAGAGGCAGGGGUCGUGGAGGUCCUAUGAGAGGUCGUGGUGGUAGGAAUGGUGGUCGUAGUUCAGGGAUAUGUCAAGUCUGCGGUAAACCUGGCCAUCAUGCUCUCAUUUGCUAUCACAGGUUUAAUCCUUCAUACACCAGCUCAUCUCAGUUCCAUGCAAUUCAGAAUCAAUAUUUAGCCAAUUCUCAGGCCUAUCCUUCUAUUCAAAAUCCUGCAAUCAUCCCAUAUCAAACACCUUACCCUUCCAACACUUCAAAUUAUUCCAAUCCUAAUCCACAACCUCCCAACUGGCCUCCACAGCAAUCCUACAAUCCUGUACCAUUUCAGUCCUAUAAUCCUAACUCCCAAUCAUCAGCUUCUCAGAAUCCUGUGUCAUUCCAAAACCAGAAUACCUACACUCCUUCACCUGUUGUAGCUUCUCAUAAUGCCUACAUUCCCUCACCUACUGCAGCCUGGGCUUCUGCAUCUCCUUCCAUAUUGGGACCACCUCCAUAGCCACAGAUUUGGUUUCCAGAUUCUGGUGCAACUCAUCAUGUGACAGCUGAUCCAAUCAACCUGCAACACAGUGAACCACCUGUCAGUACUGACAAGCUUUUUAUGGGCAACGGUCAAGGAUUCUAAACAAAUCCUGUUACAUGGUAUCCUUGGAGAGGAUGGUCUCUAUAGGUUUCAAUCUGUUCCAGCUCUUGGUUCACAUCAAAAUACUGCAGCAAAAAGCUCUUCUUCUGUGUCACAACCUGUUCCAACUCCUUCCAGUCUCAGCUGUUCUAGCACUUUUUUAUCCACUUGUAAUAAUGUUAAGGCUUGUAGUCCUUCUAAAA